AAUAAUGAUUAAACUUCUGCAAGUAGUCUCCAAUCUCUUUAUUAGCAUUAUCAAAUUCCAUUAUCUCCCUAGAAAUCAUUAUACAAAAUUCGUCCAAGAUAUCAAGGACACGUCUUUCUCUUUCAGUGAGAAACUUAUAAUUGAAUCCAUUUAUCGCCUUAAGGUCCUCCGUCUUGUAAAACACAAAUCGAUUUUUUUCGUUCUCUUCAAAUAUUAUCAUAAAUUGGUCAUCUUGCCCUUGACUCUUGCCAACUUAUCUUUCUAGCUUUUAUAAUUAUUCAAAUUGGGGGUGAAGAGGACCUUCCCGGAUACGCCGCACUGAACUCAACCGCCUGCUAAACGGAGCCGGAGUUUUUCGCCGCCAGCCACAAACAGUUGUGUAAGGUUCCUGAACUUUACUUUCAUCCACAAUGGCUAACAAAUCUAAAGAAGAACCUAACACUGCUCCUAAACCUGAUACAUGGUACAAUCUCACACUAGGACCUUCUUUCAAAGAUGAUUCCGCUAACAAAUACUGCACUCUCCGAUAUGAAUUUAAGCCAGCUUCAGUUGAUAAGACUAAACCAGGAUUGCUACGCAAGAGCAAAGAGAAUAGAGUUUCUGUGGAGUUUCAGAACAACCAAGUAGGAAAACCCAAGGUCACAUUUGAGGGAAAUAGCGAGGAAUACAAGGAAAACGAUGCUGUCUUGUUCUUUGAUGGUCGUACACUUCGAUUGGAGCGGCUUGAUAGGGCUGUAAAGCAACUGCGGCAUCUUCGAAUGCCCGGGGAGUCUUCAGCUGUUGCGUCUGGAAUGGUUACUGCUCCAUCUGGACCACCUUUGGAUCCUCGGUCAUCCCCCAUUGGGAAGCCCGUAAAACCAGCAUCUUUUGGCACUGCCCGGGGCUCAAAUCAAGCUGUUGCAGUUGAAGUGGAACGUAUUGAUACAGGUGAACCUGAAAAUUCUGGCAUCAAAUCUGGUUCUAAGAGGUCAUAUGAUCAAUUAAAUGAACCACCACAUGUUUCUACUACCUCACCAGCUGCCAUAGAUGAAGCUGAGGAACAUAGAGAUAUAGACAUUGAUGACCUUUUUGGAAGUGGAACACCUGAGGAUGACAAUAAUGUUGAAGAAAAGGAUAAUGUUGGAUUUGACAUGAAUGUUCCUAUCACUGAUGAUGAGAUAGCUGAUGUGGAUGAUAGUGGUGAUGAGGUGGACAAAGGACCCAAUGCCGCCGAAGCUCUCAGAGCCCAAGUGAAUGCAGAGGGGAAGGGUGAAGAAACAUCUACUUCUAGCAGUAGCAGUGACAGUGGAAGCAGCAGUGAUAGUGGUAGUGGAAGCAGUAGCAGCAGUGAUAGUGGAGGCAGCGAUGACGACUCAGUUACUUCAAUAUAAAAUUGCACAACCAUGAUAUUUUUCUAUAUUUUCUUUUUAUCAUUUUUCGUUUUUGUUGCAAAUAUAUAUAGAAUGUGUUUCUUAAGCCUAGGUUAGGAGAAUGUAGAUUCUAAAAGGUUGGGAAUUUUGUUAACACUGAAAAAAUAUGUUGUUGGAGGAAACUUGUUGGACCAUUAUGUCAAUAUUUAAAUAUAGGAAGAUGAAUUUGAAAAAGUUACUUAAGUCAA